UCGCCGCUAUUGUAUUUGCGUCGUUCCUGCGGUAGACAGGUAGUGACAGACUUGAAAAAUGCCGGAACCAGCUAAAUCGGCUCCUGCUCCGAAGAAGGGCUCCAAGAAAGCCGUCACCAAGACACAGAAGAAGGGUGACAAGAAACGUAGAAAGACCAGGAAGGAGAGCUACUCGAUCUACGUGUACAAGGUGCUGAAGCAGGUGCACCCCGACACGGGCAUCUCGUCCAAGGCCAUGGGCAUCAUGAACUCCUUCGUCAACGACAUCUUCGAGCGCAUCGCCGGCGAGGCCUCGCGCCUGGCGCACUACAACAAGCGCUCCACCAUCACGUCGCGGGAGAUCCAGACGGCCGUGCGGCUCCUGCUGCCCGGCGAGCUGGCCAAGCACGCCGUCUCCGAGGGCACCAAGGCCGUCACCAAGUACACGAGCUCCAAGUAAAUCUCCUGUUCGAAAGAUCGUCUAAACCAAAGGCUCUUUUAAGAGCCACCCAUAUUUUCAGUAAAAGAGUCGUUCACACUGGU